ACUUGGCUGGCAUGGUACCAUCCCUUUCACUAUUUGUUCUUAUUCUCUAUCUCCUUCGUCUACAAUCGUCGGUUCUCCUUGAAUUCACGACAUUUGCAUGCCUGCCGAGGUCGUUAACGGCCCACAGGGAUGUUUUGCUAACACCGUGCGUGUCGUACAGCCGCAUCCGAUCAAACAAGUGUAUUGUACGCUUUGGCUAUCUUCACAUCCUUCUCGCGUCCUUCCUAGAUCAAGGUCACCAGAACGAGUUAAUCUUGGGAAAGAAUCAAUGUCCCCUCGAGAUACGGGAGCUGCUCCUCGAUUCUCCCCCCCUCUGGUGUUGAAUAAGACGUCUUUUUGGGGGUAUGGAUCUGAC